AUGGAAGACUGCAUCAGAGCCAACGACCACGCAAAGCUGAACGUGCUGUCGCGCGAGUACAUCUUUGACUUCUUUCGGUCCUACGAAGCUGAGCUCGUCAAGGCUACCGAGGUGGCCUUCCUGGGCAAGGCACAUUUCGGCGCCAUCCAGGUCCGCCAGCUCUACGACCUGAUCAAGCAGGUGGGCUUCGUCUUGUCGGCUGGCGAUUUCCAGGAGCUCUUAGAGGAGGCGGCUGAAUCUCUUGGCGUGCCAAGGCCCAAAAGCCGUGGCGGAGCAGGCAGCGUGGACUUCAGCCUCUUUAGUUUCCUCAUGCAGGGCCUGGUCGAGCGUGACGGCUUCACACGAUCCCAGCAUGGCCGCCUUUGUGCUGCUUUCCAGCGGCUGGACAGCAAUGGAAGCGGAUUUCUGGAGGAAGAUGAGCUGCCCGCAUUGCGCGUGUGGCUGAGCUUCUGUGCUCCCGAGGCCAGCGCCGAGGCGGCUGUGGAGGAGGCGCAACAGCUGGCACGCGAGUUGGCAGAGCAGGAGGUGAUGCUGAUUCCAAAGGACGAAGAGAGGCUGGCAGCUCUUCAGCCGAAGCUGCAAGGCGACCUGUCCUUGUCGGAUUUCCUGCAGAUGAUGAGGCGACACUUCAACGCCGAAUAUUUCCGCACCCAGCACAUCUUCCGAAAGACGGACGGGGACAAGGACAACAGCGUGAAUCUUCUGGAGCUCCGCUCCCUUUUCCAGUCUUUGGGAUUGGAGUUGACGGCGCGCUCGCUGUUUGAGGCGGUGUCGUUCCAUCAUCUGGGCGAGACGUUUUCACACUCGGACUUCCUCUUAAUCUUGGAGUACCUCCGCGAUACCGAAGGGCUUUGCGAGCACAGCUGGUCGGAAGCGCGAGGAUCCUUCUACCACUUCGAUGUCCACAACGACGGCUUCAUCUCAACUCGCCGAGCACAGAGCGCGCUGGAGUGGAAUGGCUAUCACCUGGGCAUGAGCGUCUACAGCUCGAAGAGCGACUGGAAGGAUCGGCUCUCACGUGGCAAGGUGGGCGAAGCCCAGUUCCUUCGGAUUUGUCGGGAGCAAGACGAGGCGGAGAUGCGGAUCGCAAGGACCGUCUUCCGUAAGUACGCGGAGAAGGGGGGUUCCGGACCAUUGCGACGGGACAACCUCCAGCUCGCCCUGAAGAUGGUGAACGUGCGAUACACCUCCUUCUUCGCAGACUGGCUGAAGAAGACGACCGAGUUGCAUGGGCAGCUGGAUUUCGAGGACUUUCGCGACAUUGUGGCGAGCUUCCGGCAGAUGAAUCGAGAUGCCUACCGGACGCACAGCCGCUUCACGCAGAAGGAAGUCAAGUCUCUGGAAGAGAGCUUCCGAAAGCUGGGCCCGGAUCGCAACGGCAAGCUGCUCCACGGCAAGGUGGCCGAGCUCUUCGAGUCCCUCUAUCCGGCGCUGAAGUGGGACCAGAAGCUCAGGGACACCAUGCGCAACUCCUUGAAGCUGCAUGACGCGACUUCCAAACCCUUGAGCCUAAUUGGCUUCUUGGAGGUUCUGCGCACCUUCGAGGACACGUGCGCCAGCGCCCUGGACGAGGAAGCAGAGCUGGUGUCCCGGGAUCUUGGUCUCUCACCCGGCGGCGUGGACGACUUCCUGGAGGCGUUCCACAUCUGCCGCAGCAAGGGAUCGGGUGGCGUGCGGUCCAUUGCCAGCAGCACACUGCGCAAGGUCCUCUACCAGCACAAGUCGCAGGAGGCCCUGACGCUUCAAGAGGAGUCGAGCCUCUACCAGGUCGUCAUGGUGCGCCACCCACGCCGAAGUGGCGCGCUAGGGCUUGGUGCUGGGCUGGUUUUCUUAAGCUUCGUCAGCAAGUUCAGCGAGAGGGUGCAAAUUUACAAGGCCAAGAACCUGAAGGUCAAGAGUGACAAGCAGCCCAAGGUGGAAGGCUUGACAGACCUGAUGAGGUUUAUUCUGGGCUCGACUUGUAGCGUUCGGGAGUUCUUCACCGUUGCAAAGCUGUCGCUGAUGUUGCUUCUGCGCACCGUUGGCUCUGUUUGGGUCUCCAAGCACUGGGGCAGUAUUGUGAAUUCGGUGGUGUCGCAAGAUUUUGUUCGACUGGCCAGACUGGUUUCGGAGUUUGCCGGUGCAACUGUUUUUCUUUCAGUGCUGAACGCACUUCUAAAGUACUACAUCAGCGCCCUUAGAUUGCAAGUCCGUGAAAAGAUCACACUUUGGUGUCACGAGAAGUACAUGCGCCCCAAAGAUAUGAUCUUCUACAAGGCCAACAAAGUCGGACAGAAGAUAGACAAUUGCGACCACCAAAUCACCUCAGAUGUGGAGAGGUUUUCCGACGUCUUUGCGGAAGUCUUCUCGCAAUCGUUGAAGCCCAUUGUGGACUUCCUCGUUUAUUCCGUGGAGCUCAGCCGGGUUCAGGGCCUUGCAACACCCUUGACAUUAUACUCUUGGUUUGCCUUUGCUUCGUGCAUCUCGGCGGUGACUUUGCCUCCGUUUGGCGAGUUGGCAGCUGGCGAGCAAAGGUUGGAGGGCAAUUUCCGAGGGAAGCACUCUGAGCUCAUCACGAAUUGUGAGCAGAUUGCCUUCCUGGGUGGCGAGCGGCCGGAGAAGGAUGUCCUGAACGUGUCCUUUGCGGAGCUCAUGAGCCACUGCAAGCGUACUAUCAACCUCUCCUUUAACUCCGAAGUGCUCAGGCAGUACCUGAACAAAUAUUUUUGUACAGUGAUUGGGUUGAUCCUCAUUGCGAGGCCCUUGCGCCUCCGGUCAGAAGAGUUGCCACCGUUUACGAGCGAUCAAAUUGCACAGUACUUUACAUCCACCUGGAGAAACAUGGAGGCCAUGGCAACAGCCAUUCAGGAUUUGUUCGAGCUCACAAACCGCAUAGGGAGAUUGAGCGGCUUUGCCACUCGAGUUCGUCAACUCAUGCUGGGAUUAGAAGUGCGUCCGCCUGUGUUAUGUGCAGAGAUCGAUGCAGCCAAGAGUGGUCCCAGUCCCCCAGUGUUCCUGCAGGGUGAGCACCUGAAGUUCGAGCACGUUUCUGUGUAUCGUCCAGAUGGUACACUGCUUGUCAAAGACCUGAACUUCACAGUGGAGCGUGGACAGCGUGUACUAGUGACCGGGGGUAAUGGAUGCGGAAAGUCUAGCCUCUUUCGGGUCAUUCGCAAACUGUGGCCGCUGGUAGAAGGAACCAUCACCAUGCCAGACGACAAGGAAAUAUACUUCUUGACGCAAGUAAAUUUUGUGCCUUGUGGCUCGCUUCGUGACCUGGUCAUCUAUCCACAGUCCGUGGAAGAGAUGAGGAUGGCAGGCUGCAGCGACGAUGAUGUGCGUACCUGCCUUCGUUGGGCUCAUGAAUUCAAUGAUGCGGGCCUCGUUGUUAGACCAGGCCUCGACGAUGUUCGUGAUUGGCAAAAAGAUCUCUCACCAGGCCAGAAGCAGAGACUGGCUUUUGCAAGGCUCUUCUACCACCGACCCUCUUUCGUGGUGCUGGACGAGUGCACAAAUGGAAUAUCACCUGAUGUGGAGCACGACUUGUAUGACCGCUGUACGCGGCUGAAUCUUGCCGUGUUCUCCAUUUCUCACAAGAUUGAGUUGAAACUCUUCCAUGAGAGGGAGCUCCACUACCAUGGUGACCUCAAGGGCUCGUGGACGAUGAGUGAAUGCUCCCACACCCGGGACAAGAUCACGAGAGCUUCCUCCACAGUCAAACUUCCUGAGCCUGAUAUAACCGGCAAGAAGGAAUCGAGAAUCACCUGUGAGAGGCACGUUUGGUUUGCGGAGUGA